AUGGCCGCAAACCAGCUGGUUUUAGCUUUCUCCGAAACUUCCUACAACCCCUCAGAAGUCGUUGAGGUCCAUCAUGGCCAAAAUGAGCUCGACGAGGCAACGCCUCUCCCACCGGGCUGCGCGUUGGUCACAUUCCUCGCCGCCCCCAUCAACCCCCAGGACCUGAUGGCUAUCGCGGGUCGAUACCCCGUAAAGCCCGCACACCUCCACUUAGGCAAACCCAUCCCCGGCAACGACGGCGUUGCCCGCGUCGAGGCUAUUGGCCCUGCAGGCACCAACAAGAGUAGCCCCGGGACAACUGCCAUACAGCCUGGCGACCUCGUCAUCCCGCGCCGGCACGGCUUGGGAACUUGGCGACGGAAGGCCGUGCUUCCCAUUGACGGGCUAACGCGACUUCCCCUGAACAAAUCCGGACCGAGCAGCAUCGACCCGGUCGCGGCCAGCAUGCUGCGCACCGUCUUCCUGCCCGCCUACCUUCUCGCCGAGGACACGCGCAGCCUCCGCCCAGGCGACUGGGUGGUGCAGAAUGCCGGCGCUAGCACCAUCGCACAGCUAGUGGCGCAGUUUAUCCGGCGCAAAGGCGCGCACGUUGUCAGCGUCGUGCGUGACCGUCCAGACCCCGUCGACCAGACGCUUCCAGAUGCUGGGCCCAUGGAUGUAGUCCUUACGGAAGGCCAGGUGGCUGUGUUUGGCGUCGGCGCUCAUCCUGCGCUGGAAGCGGCGGCGGCGCAGGGCCGCGUUGUGUUAGCGCUGGAUGCUGUGUUUGGGGAGUCGGGCGAGAGGCUAGCUGGGCUGCUCUCCAAGGGAGCUACGUUUGUUAACUAUGGCUCGCUGGGAGGCGCCGACGGCGUAUUGCGUCUUUCUCAGAGACUCAUCUUCUGGAAUGAGAUCAAGUUCCGCAAUUUCCGUCUGAGUGAGCAGCUCGGGAAGCGGUCGGAACGCGAGCAGGAGACUUUGCUGAGUUGGUUCGCUGGGUUGAUUGCGAGCGGGGAGCUCCGAGCGCCGGCGGUGGACAAGAUUCCGGUGCCGUUGGAUGCGCCAUCGGUGGAUAGGUUUCAGCAGAAGGUGAGGGAAGUCUUGACGGCAGCUGCGAGAAAGGAGAUUGGGUACCGGAAGAGUGUCUUCGAUUUCGUGGAGAGUUCGGAAACGCAAUUGUGUGCCGAUAAUUAG